GUUAUUUUAAUAAUGCGAAUGAUACAUAACUAUUAGUUGCUAGAAAAUAUUUGAAUUUUCGUAACUAAUCUAUCAUUGACAUUGAAAUGUGUUGCAUAUAAAAAAAAUACAAAGUAUACUUAGCAUACUUUUGAAUAAAUGUUCACAGUCGUUUAUCAGUUUGUUAAUCGAGUGAGUGUUAAUGAUUGAUAAGCGUGAAAAUGUUUGUAUGCACAUUAAUAAAAGAUAGCACAAAUGACAUGUAUACGUGUCGGUGACAAAACUAACAAUUAAUAUUAUAAGCAAUAAGAAGGAAACACGUAUGAAGAAAUAUUAUUUCUAAGAUGUUUCGAUCGCAAAUGUCAUAAAAAUGUCGUUGUUGAUUUAAAGGUUUCAAGUAUAAUGGGUAUCGAUAGCAUGAGGGUCGGUGGAGGCAGAUGUUCACCUCUUUUAGUUGGAGGACUUUUAAUAGCGUGUUUAAUGCUUAUUUGCAACUGGUGGACUUUGUCGUCUGAAAAUUUUGAUUUAGUCCACCAAAUCGAUGAAUUAAGCGAGCAACUUAAAAUAAGCGCAGAAGAAAACGAUCAAUGCAUAACAUUACGCAGUAAAUUAGAGCAAAGAUAUAAACACAUAGAAGAUGAAGUAGCUUAUUUGCACGUAUCUUUAGAAAAACAAAAUGAGUUUAACAAAAAGCAGAAAAAAGAAUUUGAAAAUUCUAUAGCAAUAUGUAAAAGUGAAUUGGACUCAAAUAAAAUGGAUGUAAAAAGAAAAGAAAAUGAAAAACUUCAAGAAGAAUUGGACAAAGUCAAAGAUGAAAUGGAAAAAUUCAAACUUGCCUAUAAUGCCCCGAUUGAUAGUAUUAGAUCUGAUCCUACGUUAACACACUCUGCUGAUUUAGCUACAAGAAAGGUCAUUGAUGGUAGUCAGUUACGUCUUGUUCGGGACUCUGCUAUAAGAAUAUCUGUAGCUGGUCAGCGUGGUUUGAAGUACCAUCAAAUUCCAAUUCUACCAUCAGAUCCACCCGGUGCAGUGCGCUUAGCUCCUCGUCUUUCAGUAACAAUGUUAAAAGCUAAAAGAAAUUCACUGCUGGAAAGUAGCACAAUUGAAGAAAUGAGAAAUGACAAAACAGAGAAAAUUGAUAUAAGUAAUGAAGAAAACGAGGCAGCAAAAACUAUUUCGUAUGUAGAAAAGAGAAACAAUCAAUUGACGCAUUAAAUAUCUCUGUGAUAUAUUAUAUACUUAUUUACUGAAGUCUUGUCAAUUAAAGCAUAGGAAAUAAUGAUGAUGUAUAAUAUUUAAGAAAAUAAUAACAGAUUCAUUUUGAAAAUAAUGUUCGAAGCUUCUAAUAUUUGGUCUUAAUUAUGUUACAUAACAA